AGUCGGACGGUGAGUGCGAGCCCGACUAGACUCACUUCUGCAUCGAGAUGUAUCCGCAGGCUGAGCUGGAAAACUACAAGCUGCAAGUGGAGCUGCUGCAGGAGAAGCUGCGUCGCAGCGAGGACAAUCGCCAGCAGCUGGAACAUAAGCUAGACAAAGUUCUACAGAAACGCAGUGAAAUCGAGAAGGGCGUACGGCACAAAACGCGCCAGAAGUACCAAGAGUUUCUGGAGGAGCAGACACAGCGCAAUGAGCGAAACAAAAAGCUGGUGCAGAUGCUGGAGCGUAUUGAUGAACAGACGGCUGUCAUGUCGCAGCGCAGCGAACGACUUAAAAUGAUGAAGCUGCAAUACCAAAUGUACUUUGCAAAACUGGUUCAAAGCCAAACAUUGCGCUGCAUACAACAGACAACAGCUCCGGGAGGCAACGCAAUGCCAAUUCCUGUCCUAAUACAGCCCCAGUCGACGGCAGUGUCGAGUCCAGCUGUCGUAACAGCACCGGCAAAUGCUGCACCAGCUCCCAUUGCAAAUCAAAGCCAACCACUGAUGAUUCCAUUGACGACUGCGCCGCCACAGCAAUGGGCCUUUGCCAUGGCCACGCCGACGCCGACGCCCACUCAAGCUGGUAUGUUAUUAACUUCACAGGUAACGCCGCAGCCCGUUUAUGUGCCAUACCCGGAUUUGUAUGGGGGGGCUGGUGUUGGCCUGGGUGUAGGGCAGCCGCUUACCACCUCCAAUCUGUUCGACCUGCGUGCCACAUUGCGCGCCCUGGACAAUGAAAAUGCCGAUUUGCCGGAGCGAAUGACGCACUUUGAUGAAUCUCGAAGUGGUAACACUGACAGAGCUGCGCCAGCAAAAACAGCAUCAAUGAUGACGACGAUGACCACGACGGCGACGACGACAACGACUACAAUAUCAACUCCAUGCUCAGCGAAAGAUAUGAGUGCACGGGAGUUGAGCAGCACAUCCUCAACGUUGGCAACAUCCUCGUUGACAUUUGAUAAAUUGCCAAUGACGGCAGCGCUUGCUGAGGUGCCAGCUGCAGCUGUCGCUGCUGGCAUCGAUGACGUUGGUGGUCGACCGCAGGCGGCGGCGCCGUUGCGUAGGAACAGCCGGCAAGAACUGGAGCAGGAUGCCUGGCCAAAUUCACGCGUGACUAAAGGCGAGCAUGAAAAAUCGCCAAGUGUCGUCAGCUAUAAUGAGCCAAGCGGGCAACAACAGCAGCCGCAGCAGCGGCAACAACAACAGCACAAUUUCGAUGCUUACUUUGGUGAGCUGAAAAUCGAUGAGCCCUGGCAUCCAGCGGCAGCUCCAAUAGCAACAAUGACACGACCAAAGGACCAAUACGAAGACAAAACGGAUCUAAGCGUGCGUGCUGGCAAAAUGAAAACAGUUGGCGGCGAUGGCGCCAUUGGCGGCCUCGUUGGUGGCAUCAGCAACGAUUUGCUUGACGAAGUCAAAGCCAGCCGUGCAGCUUUAGAGAAGGCAGCGGCUGCGGUUGAUGAGCAGCUAGCACGAGGUAAUCAAUUGUCGCCACCGGCAGCCAAUGAGCCAUUCGCUAAGCCCGGAGUGUCGAUUGAGAAUAUUGAAAAUGCCAUUUACGGCGAACGUUUGACGGCAACAAACACAGCGAUGUCAGCUAGAGCAGGAGCAGCAGCGGCGGCCGCAGCGGCGGCAGUGGCAGCAACAGCAGCAACAGCAGCAACGGCAGUGGCAGCAGCAGCAGCAACAACAACAACAGCAGCCCCAGCAAAGGGAUUAGUGGAGAAUUUGGUAAGCAACGCAUCACAGCCGCAGCCACAUCAGCAGGAACAGCAGCAGGAGGAAGAACAGGUAACUCCCGUGGAUAUACAACAAUUGCCGGAGCAGCAACAACAACAGCGACCAGCAGAGAUUGCUUUCGGGCAGUAUGAGGCCAAUAGCUAUGUGGACCCGGGUGAGCCGAGCUACGCCAGCAUUGAGUCGACUCCGCAGCAGCAGUUGCAGCAGUCGGCUAGCGUUGCGGGCGAGCCACUGUACAGUGAAAUCGGAAAUCCCACAGACUAUCAGCAAUAUGCAACGGAUGUUGCCAAUGCAACAGCUGAGGCCGAGGCAGACGCAGCUGUAGCCGCAGCACAGCAAGAGUACUCCGGUAUGGAUUAUGGCAACUACGAUGCAGCGCAAUAUGCAGCGGGCUAUGAUCCCAAUGCCUACCCGGGCUACAUAUAUGAUGAGGCCACUGGCCAGUACAUUGCCGAUCCCAAUGCAACUCAGUAUGCUCCGGAUGGCAGCUACGCGGGCCAGGACUAUGAUGCUGCAGCAGCAAAUUACGACUACUAUAGCGAACAGCAACAGCAGCAGCAACAGCAGCAGCCACAGCCUCAGCAACAGGAACAGCAGCAGGAACAACAGCAAGUCGCCUAUCCGAUGUCGGACAACAACAAUGGCGCUGCAGCGGAGCUGGUCUCACCACAGGAAGUGGAGCAAGCCCCACCACACGAUGGGGCUGAUGCAAAGCCCGAGGCCAUUCACCCACCAGCGGUGGCCGGCAGCGCCGCCAAACCUGCAAGGCCCACAUCGAUACUUGCGUCGACAGACAAACAAGCGAUGCCUAAUGAUGCGCAUCAGCAGCAGCAGCAGCAGCAGAAGAAGAAGAAGCGCGUUAAUUUCGUUGACAGCAGCGAAACGGAUGAUAGCUCAAGCGCGAAACCAGUCCAGGAACCAACCGGAAUUACAGCCAGCCCGGCCACCACAACACCCGCGGGAGCAGCGGCCAGCGAAAGCGACUUCGAUUUUUCAACAGGCAGCGAGGCGAAGAAUUAGAACAAGCGCAAAACACUUCAGUUCUAAUUUGCUGCCAUUUGGGUUAACCAGUGGACAGCUCAACCCAGGCAGUGGUCAUUCAAUGAGCUCGCAUUCAAUUUAUGGCCACAGCAUUUCCCUUU